UAAUAGAUACCUUUUAUGAACUGGAAAGGCAAUGUCUUUUCCUCAGUGCUCUAAAACAAAUCUGUAGAAAUUUUGUGUUUUGGGCCAUCAAACUUUCCAAGGUGAACUAUCAACCUCUGGUUUGCAAAACCCACUUUUAUGAUUAGCCUAUUACACCUUCGGUUUUGGUCAAAUAAUGUUUUCACUCCAAUGGGAUUUCCUCAUUAAGGAUGUGAUAAAAAAUUGGAUUUGGUGCCCUUAAAGGUCGAUAUCUUUCCCUUUACUCAGUUUACUGAGAAGGAGCAGGGACAUUUACGUCAUUUGAGGGUGGCAUUAUAUCCUUUUUGAAAGCAAAAAGAUAGCGAAUCUAGUGCUUACAGCUAGAUGUGGAGGUUUAACAGCUACCACAGAGCCGUUUAGUUGCUUUCAGAAUAUUCAUAGUGUUGCAGAAAUGGUGGGGAGGAAAAUACCUUACUUGGUUCUGACCAUGUUAGACUCAAUUCUUUUAUAAAGAAACCCAGAAAAAAGCAGAGACUGUUUGCCAAAAGAGGAGGAGUGUGUUGGGAAAGACUAUUUUUCUGAGAUCUGAAACUCUGGGACUGGCAAAAUGUUCAAGACAUGGAGCAAGAAGAAGAAGAUAAAAGCUAUAUUCCAAUUGCAGUUUCAGGCAACAGAGGUGCCGAAAUUGAAGAAGCCUGCUUUGAUGAUCUCUCUGGUGCCGGACGACGUGGGAAAGCCGACGGUGAAACUGGGGAAGGCUGCGGUUCAGGAUGGGACCUGUACAUGGGAAAAUCCAGUUUAUGAGUCAGUGAAGCUAGUGGAGGAAGCGAAAUCAGGGAAACUGAAAGAGAAGAUUUAUCACUUCAUUGUUUCCAGUGGAACUUCGAAAUCUGGUUAUCUCGGAGAAGCUUCAAUUGAUUUUGCAGAUUUUGUGGCAGAAACUGAACCCUUAACUGUCACUCUACCCCUUAAAUUUGCGAAUUCUGGUGUAGUUUUACAUGUGACGAUUCUCAGGGUGCAGGAAGAUGGUGAUUAUAGAGAAAUUGAAGAAAAUGAGGAUCCUAGUCUUUCACGCCAUAGCAGCGUGGACAUCCAGAACAGCAAUUGGGAUACAGAUGGAAGCAACCACCUAAGUUUUGAAAAUGGAGCUUUUGAUAGAACUAGUAAUGGUGCCAGUUCCUUGUCACCCCAAGGAAAAGACUCCAUGCCUCAAAAUGGAAAGGCUGGUGCCACUGCAACAAAAUUAACCUUGGAUUGGUCUUCAGAUGAAAGCUUAUUUGACUCACCAAAUAGAGUUGAAGACAAGCUUCCAACGGAAAAAGUGAAAGAUGUUUCAGGUGAUUCCAUUGAGAAACUCAGAAAGGAAAAUGCAAUGCUGAUGAGGCAGGCGGACAUAUCAGAACUGGAAUUACAGUCUCUCCGAAAGCAAAUGUCAAAAGAGAGCAGCCAAGGACAAAAUCUGUCAAGACAGAUUAUUAGCCUUAAAGAGGAGAGAGACACACUCAAAUUAGAAUGUCAACAACUAAAGUCAUCGCGGGGACGUGGGGAGGAGGUACAUGCUUCCCAAAAAUUGCAGCCCGCGGACAAAGAUACAAGAGUGCAGUUAGAAACAAUGAAGCAAGAGCUUAAUCGUGAAAAGAAAGUAAGAACCAAUCUUCACUCGCAACUGCAGACAACACAAGACUCAAAUUCUGAGUUAAUCCUUGUGGUGAAGGAUCUUGAAGAUUCGUUGAUGAAGAAAGAUAGGGAAAUAUCUGAUCUUUCAAGCAAGUUAGAAACUGAAAAGAAUUCCAAAUUAAUGGGGAAAUUUUCCGUGCACAAAACAGAUGAGGAUGAAGCAGAGUCGUUGAAGCAGAAGAUCCGAGAACUUUUGACUGAAAUGGACACCCACGAGAAGGAGAGGGAAGAACAAGAUAUGCAUAUAAAACGGCUCACCUUGGACUAUGACCUUUUGAAGAAGAAGAACUGUGACAUCUCUCUGAAGUUGGAUCGAAACCAAGAAAAGCUACGAACAGAGAUGGAAAAUGAACGUGCAGGUUAUAUUGCAACCAUAAAAGAGCUUGAAUCUCAAGUAAAGAGAUCAGAAGAAACAAUUGAGAAGCAAGCUCAUGAAUUUGCAGAGUGUUUGAUCUCCAUUCAGGAACUGGAAAAUGAGGUCAAGUGUUUGGAGAUGGAACUGGAGAAGCAGGCCAAGGGAUUUGAAGAUAAACUGCAGGAUCUGGCAUAUGCCAAAGAUGAGCAAGAACAGAGAGCUACUGAAGCAGAAGAAGCAUUGAGAAAGACAAGGGAAAAUAGUGCUGCUACAGCUGAGCGUCUUCAAGAUGAAUUAAGAAAGCUUUCUGUGGAAAUGGCAUCUAAGGUUAAUGAGAAUGAGAAGCAGAGCACUAAAGCACUGGCAGAAGCUAAUGAACUGCGUGUGCAGAACAGAAUUCUGGAAGAGAAGCUCCAGAAAUCCAAUGAACAGUUAGAACUGAUCGAGGGCCAGAUUGAUGUGAAAGCAAAGCAUGUAGAGCAGAUCUCCUUGGAACUAGAAAACAAAUCGAAGCAGCUUGAAUAUGCAGAACUGCAUAAGGAAGAAAAGCAUGAAGCUCUCACAAUGAAAAUCCAAAUGCUCAAAGCUGAGAUAGAAAGGCUCACAGAAGAGAACUCUAACAUCACAAAACAGGAGGAAGAUAAAUUGAGAGGAGAUUUGGAACAAAUGAAGAAACUAAUUGCUGAAAAUGAGGUGCUCAUCCAGAAUUUGAAUGUUGAAAAGCAUGAUUUGGAGAAAAGAUUUGCUUUAUCAAAGCAGGAAUCAGUGAAAACGCAUGAACAACUUACUAACAUGAGGUCCAUGAAAGAUGAGAAGGAGGCGACAAUCACUCGUCUCAAGUCAGAAGUGGACAAGUUGCGGACCCAAUGCAAUGAGUCUAAGAACACCUUGCGUAAGGAAGCAUUGGAAAAGGAAAAUUUGAGUAAGCAAAUACUUCAAUUACAGGCUGGGUUAAGGAAAGAAGGAAAAAACAGCACUCCAGAUAAGAAGCUCAAGAAAUACAAUGGACAAGCUGCUGUUUCUAGUAAUAACCAAAGGAAAUCUGAAGAUUCCUUGGAGAGAGAGUAUAAUUAUAAGGACUUGCUGACCGAGUUGACAUUGCUAAAAGAAAGAAACACAUCCAUGGAAAAAGAACUGAAGGAGAUGGAAGAGAGAUAUUCAGAGGUAAGUCUCCGAUUUGCAGAGGUUGAAGGUGAAAGGCAACAACUUGUCAUGACUGUGCGUAACCUCAGAAGCAAUAAGACGAACUAGCACCCUCUGAGCUGUUUCACUUAGGUUACUGUACAGAAUGUAUAGUGAAGCAGGUUGUGCUGAGGUGCUGAGUACUGGAGCAAAGAUACAGGUGGGACUAUCGAACUACAGAGAAAAGGUCAAGAAAUAUGCUGUAUAAGAAUUAGACAGUUCUUCCUCAUCACUAUUGUUCAUGGCUCUCCAAUUAGAUGUAAGAUAGAACCACCGAAAAUCAAAUCUGGACAAAAAGUGCAUUAUUUUUGUAUCAAACAAACUCUACUCAUUCAUUUGUGAUAACUUGUUCAAUUUUCUUGCAUUGACA